GGUUCUGUCCAAUGGACAGCGCUACUCUUUUGAGGGCGGGACGGCGCGGAACCUGCAGAGCUGGUGGUGGAGGCUCGUGGCCGAGGCGUGCGAGAGUGGGCGCUUCAGGAUGGUAAAACAUAAGCGAAAAGGUCUCGGAGGGACAGAGCAGAAGAGUAAAAAGCAAAAGCUAACACCAGAAGAGACACUGCGGGCAUCCGAAGCCAGGCCAGGCAAGGAGGCGGCCAGCCCCAAGGUACAGGAAGCCAGCCCUGAACUGACCCCAGAGGAGAGGAGAGUCUUGGAAAGGAAACUGAAGAAAGAACGGAAAAAGGAAGAGAAAAAGCGGCUGCGGGAGGCUGGCAUUGCUGCAGCUCAGACAGCCAAGGGCCAGACCCUGCCAGCCAAGCCCUCAGCUGCCAUUCUGGCCCUGGAGUACCUCCAAGGGUGGGCCCAGAAGCAGGAGAGCUGGAGAUUCCAGAAGACGAGGCAGACAUGGCUCCUGAUGAACAUGUAUGAUGAAGACAAGGUUCCUGACGAGCACUUCUCUACCCUGCUGGACUACCUGGAGGGACUGAAGGGCAGUGCCCGUGAGCUGACGGUCCAGAAGGCCGAGGCCCUGAUGCAGGAGCUCGAUGAGGCUGACACCGAGGCCAGAGACACACAUCUGGGGAAGAUGGAGCGCCUCCGGCAGGUGCUACAACUACUCUCCUAAUGGGAGGAGGUAGCCUUUGGUCCUGAGGACACACUGACUACUUCCUCUCACGGCU